CAGAAGGGUUUAUUGUGUCUCUCCGUCUGGAGCCGAAAAUUGUAUUCGAUUUCUCCAUUUCAAAAUUGAAAUAGCAGAACGCUGAAAUGGCUGGAGGAAAGGCUGGAAAGGACAGUGGAAAAGCUAAGGCAAAAGCAGUGUCUCGCUCACAAAGGGCCGGCCUGCAGUUCCCAGUGGGUCGUAUCCACAGACACUUGAAGACCCGUACUACAAGCCAUGGCCGUGUUGGGGCAACAGCAGCUGUCUACAGUGCAGCCAUCCUUGAGUACCUCACUGCGGAGGUGUUGGAGUUGGCGGGUAAUGCCUCUAAAGACCUGAAGGUGAAGCGUAUCACCCCUCGUCACUUGCAGCUGGCCAUCCGUGGGGAUGAGGAGUUGGACUCUCUCAUCAAGGCCACCAUCGCUGGAGGAGGUGUGAUCCCCCAUAUCCACAAGUCCCUGAUUGGGAAGAAGGGGCAGCAGAAGACGGCAUAGAAGCCAGAGCUACCUGGAUGCCAUGGCUCAGCCCCUGCUCUGACAGAGCAGACAGAGGGCUGGCCAUGAAUUCCGCUUUUUAUUAUUUUUAUUUUUUAUUUUUCCUUUUUUUUUAUUGUAGUUAAAGAUGAGUGAUUGUUAGGUUUUUGCGUUGUAAAGUUUUAAAAACUAGAAAAAAAAGCUAAAAAUUAUUUGUACGUUAUUUUAGAUUAUUUGACUGACCGGAAUCAUCUUUGUCAAGUUGUGACCGCAAAUUUGUUUGAUUGGC